AUGGAUAAGCUGGUACUCCUACUGUUCCUGGUAGGAAUCGGAUGUCGAGAUGGACCCAGUUUCCUCCAGAAUCUCGGGGGUGUCGACCUCGCUCUAUCUGAAACCAGGAGCGCAUUCGUAGGCGGCACAGUUGUCAACAAUGGUUGGGUUCGGACAGCUCCAAUCGCAGGUAGUGGGAAUGUCUUGCAACAGCAACAACAAGCCGCCCAAAGCGUUUCUUCUGGUCUGAGUGCCUCCGUGGCGGGUGUCGAUUACGAGUCGCAAUCCCAGGGCGCCCCUCUUGUGCAACCGAUCGCCGCAGAUGAUCCACCCCAGCCAGUGCUCAGCGCUAGGAAAUACCACCAAUCAGCAAUCGAAUUAUCAACAUCUCAGGUAGUCCCCUCGUGGGACGGCGCGAAAUAUCCCCAAGGCGGUCCCUCCGGAUCGCUCACUCCAAGAUGGGGACACGCGUAUCCAUAUGAUUAUGCUGGCGCUUCUGCCGCCGCUCAGGCUCAAGCCCAGGCGGGCGCUCAUGGCUAUGGACCAUAUCCGCCGUACGGCGGCGCCGACGCUUCUGCUGCCGCUCAAGCGCAAGCCGAGGCCGGCGCUCACGGCUACGGGCCGUAUCCACCGUACGGCGGUGCCGGGGCCUCAGCCGCCGCUCAGGCUCAGGCCGCGGCCGGCGCGCGCUAUAAUGGCUGGCCCCCGAAUCCGUACUAUCCGUACUACGGUGGUAACGCAAACGCCAACUCGAACGCUAACGCUAAUUCCAUGGGGAUCACAAUUAUCAACACGGGCAAGGACUCCAACAAAACAGCGUCGUCAAGGAGCGCGUACCCGCGUCCUCGACAGAACCCGCCGCCGCCACCGAUUUCGGGCCGUGCCCCAGCGUAUCGGACCGGCGGCUCUCCGUCACUCACCCCACGGCACGGCCAUGGACCAUAUCCUCCCUAUUCGGGCGCUAAUGCUGCAGCGAGUGCAGAAGCUGAAGCCGCGGCAGGGGCCUAUGGCCGGGGUCCUUAUCCACCCUACGGCGGUGCGGGUGCCGCCGCGAAGGCUAAGGCCCAGGCUGCGGCGGGAGCUUACGGUCACGGCCCGUAUCCGCCGUAUGGCGGGGCUGGGGCUGACGCCUCCGCGUCCGCUCAAGCGGAGGCUGCCGCCGGCGCCUAUGGCCAUGGUCCGCAUUGUUUCCGUCCACCUCACGGCAGCGCGGGUGCCUCCGCUUCCGCGUCCGCACAAGCUGCGGCAGGGGCCUACGGCCGCGGCCCGUAUCCACCCCCAUACGGAGGUCAUGCGGGAGCCUCUGCGAAAGCGAAGGCUCAAGCGUCGGCAGGAGCUUAUGGUCAUGGUCCGUAUCCUCCUCCGUACGGCGGUGGCGGCCAUGCGGGUGCUGCGUCUUCUGCUCAAUCUGAGUCGCAUGCCCAAGGAGGAUAUGGACCGUACUACGGCCGCCGUCGAUGA